AUGUGCAUCGCACCAACAGUACCUGAGGUCCAGCUGGGUCAAACCCUGCUCAGCAGCUCGUCUCGCUACUUGGUUCUGGACUUCAUUGGUGAAGGCUGCUUUGGGAAAGUAGCCAAAUGCUGUAACAUGGACACCGACAAGACCGUGGCUGUCAAGAUCCUCAAAAACAACGAUUUUGCCGAGGACACUGAAAAAGAGCUGUCCAUGUUGAAAGAGAUCAGUGUCCUCAAUCCAGACCUCACUAAUGUGGUCAAGUUCUUGGAGCAGUUUGAACACAUCGGCCACACCUGUCUGGCAUUUGAGAUGCUGGACAGAAGUCUCUAUGACCUGAUUCAUGAAAAAAACUAUCAGCCAUUGUCUCUCCAGGAGAUCCGCCCUAUUGCAAAGCAGCUGAUGGUUGCUUUGGACGCCUUGAAGGGUCUUGGUAUCCUCCACGCAGACAUCAAACCAGACAACGUCAUGUUUGUCAAUCUGCAGGACCAGCCCCUCAGGGUCAAAUUAAUAGACUUUGGGCAAGCCAUGUCAGCCUCCAAAAUCCAGGCUGGGCUGGAAAUUCAGCCAUGUGGGUACAGGGCUCCAGAAGUUGUCCUCGGCCUCCCGUUCACUGAGGCUGUUGAUGUGUGGGGCGUGGGCUGCAUCCUGGCCUUCCUCUACCUUGCUGACAACCCCUUCCCUGUUGGCUGCCCAUAUAACAUGACACCAGAAGAAUUCUCAGAUGUCAACGGCAUUGAAGCAGAGGAGUGGAGCGACACGGUGGGGCUGUCCAGCCCUCUGGAGGAGCUGGUGGAUGUAGGUGCUCUCUGCUGUGUUGUACUAGUUUAG